AUGUUGAUCGAUGGUCGAAAAUCAGAAACCUGCAGUGCAGAAGCCAGUGGCAUGGAAGAAAAAUUUAAGGGUGUACAACUUAAUCAAGCUGAGAGAAAACCUGCUGAAUCUAAGUGCUAUAACUGUGGAUUUGCUUACCUUCAUUUGGAUCGUCCUUGUCCAGCCGCAAAUUCAACUUGUAACUCGUGUGGCAUACCUGGUUAUUUCUCUAGAGUGUGUCGAAAGAAAGAAUCGCGUUGUUUUUCCAAGCCGCAAAUAGCACAAGAAUCGCCUCGACAACGAGAACAACCAAAAGAGCCGUUUAAAUCCGAAUCCACGAGAAACAAGCGAAGAAAUCAUGAAUGGGCUGUCAACAAACAUCUCGAUUCAUCGACGGAGACCAGUUCUGAGGAAGAUUAUGUUUACACUGUGGAAAACAAAAGCGACCCAAAGACCAGAGCAAAAAUACGAGUUAAUUCUGUUGAAAUCAAUUUCAUUGUUGACACGGGAGCGACAGUUGACGUUAUCGACUCCAAAACCUAUGAUCGCCUCAAAUCCAGCGUCAAAUUAUGCAAAACUACGACCAAGAUAUUCGCUUAUGGCUCAAACAAACCACUACCUCUUAAAGGUGAAUUUAAGGCAACAGUAGAAACCGUUAUACUGUCUCUGUUAUUCACGUUGUCGAAGGCGGCUCUGCCGCUCUGUAAAUCUACUUAAUGCGAAAACCGCUCAAGAUUUGGCAUUAAUUCAAUUACACGGAACUUGAAACGCCGCCGAAACAGGAAGUUUCUAAACCGGAAGUUUCUAAACCGGAAGUUUCUAAACCGGAAUCUGUGUUGACAUAGUGCAGCCAACCAAACGAUUAAGCGCGAAAGGCACAUUAUGCCAACGCUUUCUGAUUUCCGUGCAGAAAUGAAUGGAUCAAAAUAUUUUUCAAAAAUCGAUCUCAAACAGGUGUACCAUCAACUGGAAUUGAAAGAAGAAAGUCGGUACAUAACUACAUUCUCGACGCACGAAGGCCUAUUUCGCUACAAACGACUGAACUACGGAACGAACAGUGCGCCAGAACUUUUUCAGAACAUUUUGCAACAAAAUAUUAGUGACAUUCGUGGAGUAAAGAAUAUUGCAAAUGACAUCAUUGUUCACGGGAAAACGCGAAGGCAACAUGACGAAUAAUUAGAAAACUGUUUGAAACGACUAGCUCAACUCAACUUAAAAGCGAAACUUGAAAAGUGUAGUUUCCUGCGCAACGAGAUUAAUUUCUACGGUUUAAUUUUUACGGCAAAUGGAACAAGACCAGAUCCAGCAAGAAUUGACAACUUAGUCAGAGUCAGCGCUUCAAAGAAUGCCAGCGAAGUACGUAGUUUCUUGGGUUUGGCGAACACGUGUCGUGAGUAUGUUCCAGAGUACGCCGUAAUUACUACACCAUUGCGGGAUCUCACAAAGAAAAGUGUUGCUGUCACUUGGAACCACGCCCACCAAAGAGCCUUUGAGCAGAUUAAAAAGAAACUGACACACGCGCCUACCAUGGCAUACUUUGAUACCGAGAAGAGAAGCUUGCUUAUUGUUGAUGGAUCCCCUCUCGGAAUUUGUGCUAUUUUAGCACAACGUGAUAAGUCAGGAGAGUCGUAUCGCAUUAUCUCCUACGCCAGCAGAGCCCUGUCUCGAAAGUCGAUAUUCACAGACUGA